CCCCCGCUUCCUACCACCGGCCUCCAGAGCUGCCGCCAUUGAAACCAUACAAUACAAGCGACGAAAGGGAAGGAGGGAGCGCGACACAGGCACUGCGGCACUGAAGCUGAGGCGGCAACAGACGGGCAGGUUUUCUAUUAGGGUAAGCAAAUAAAGAUCAUCUGCUGCUGGAAGACUGAAAAACACAGCGUGGCAACAUGUCGGCCAGAGGAGGAAAGAAAAAAAUGACCAAGAUGUCACGCUCCAGCAGAGCAGGUGUUAUUUUCCCAGUGGGGAGAAUGAUGCGGUACUUGAAGAAAGGAACAUACAAGUUUCGAAUAGGAGUAGGAGCUCCAGUAUACAUGGCAGCGGUCAUAGAAUACCUAGCAGCAGAAAUAUUGGAAUUAGCUGGUAAUGCUGCAAGGGACAACAAAAAGGGAAGAAUUGCUCCACGACACAUCCUUCUGGCAGUUGCCAAUGAUGAAGAGCUGAAUCAGUUGCUAAAAGGAGUGACCAUUGCAAGUGGAGGUGUUCUGCCCAGAAUUCAUCCAGAGCUUCUUGCCAAAAAACGAGGCACCAAAAGUAAAUCUGAUACUAUCCUUUCACCUUCUCCAGAGAAGAGAGGGAGGAAAUCUUUGGGGACCAAGAAAACUGGAAAGAAAGCAAAGGCUGCCAAAGCCCGGACACCCAAAAAGAACAAACAGAAGGAGAAUGAAAAGGAAGGAGCAUCAAAUUCAGCAUCCGAUGAUGGACCUGGAGAUGGGUUCACCAUACUCUCUUCUAAGAGCCUUGUUCCAGGGCAGAAGCUGUCUCUGACACAGAGUGACAUCAGCCAUAUUGGUUCUAUGAAAGUAGAAGGCAUUGUGCAUCCAACUACUGGUGAAAUAGACCUCAAGGAGGAAGUAGGCAAAGCACUGGAAAAGGCUGGAGGGAAAGAAUUCUUAGAAACAGUAAAGGAACUCCGUAAAUCACAAGGACCUCUGGAAGUCACAGAAGCUGCUCUCAGCCAGUCCACUGGCCUGGCAGCAAAGUUUGUCAUUCACUGUCACAUCCCACAGUGGGGCUCAGAUAAGUGUGAAGAGCAACUGGAGGAGACUAUAAAGAACUGUUUAACUGCUGCAGAAGACAAGAAGCUGAAGUCUGUGGCUUUCCCACCUUUCCCCAGUGGCAGAAAUUGCUUCCCGAAACAGACUGCAGCCCAGGUGACUCUCAAAGCCAUUUCUUCCCAUUUCGAUGACUCCAGCCCUUCUUCCUUGAAGAACAUUUACUUCCUGCUUUUUGACAGCGAGAGUAUUGGCAUCUACGUGCAAGAGAUGGCAAAGCUAGAUGCAAAGUAGCAACAGAAGCCAAAUGAAAUUUUAUUUUUCAACAUGAAUAUGAGUAGGAAUGAGAAUUAGAAGUGGGUUUUAUUUUUAAAAUAUUGUGAGGACGGAGUAUGUGAGUAGCUUUGAAGUUUUGUGAUGGGUGGAGGGCUUUUGUUAUGGAAAACAGGGGAAAUUGUUUGGGAGAGUUUGAUCUGCAAUUAUACCAUGCUUUAGACCCCCCCUCCACCAUUUUGUAUCAUCCCCAAGAGAUUACGUUGCCAGCUCUCUACAUUUUAAUGUCUCAAGUUAUUUUAGUUUAGACCUCUUUAAAGAUUAAUCUCAUUUUAGAGUAGCAAACAAUUCAACACACAAAACAAAUUGGAAAAAAAAUGUGGAUUGUUUGCUUCCCUUUCUUUUCCCACUGAUAGUUAGAAACUUUGCGUUGUGUCUACAUUCCAUGUUGGAGAAAGUAAUUUCAAAGAAAACUCACUUGGUGCUUUACUGUUUUACCCCAGAACGAUCUGUAAUUGCUGAGAAUAUUUCAUCUUAUUUGUUUUUAUAAAAAAAGGGCAUCAUGCUUUUUUAAAACUUUAAA